AUCAAUUUGAAUUUGCUCAUUCGUUGGUGAUUGUAUCCGCCAGAAUAUAUCGAAGCACCUACCUAUUAGUUAUAGGUACCUACCUAUCUACUUAUCAGUUUGUGUUUUAUCAAAAGUGAUUAUUUUUUGUAAAAUAUUUGACGUUUCUAAUUUUUUGAUGUUCACUGAUAAAUGUUCGAUAAACUAUUGUACAGGAUCCGAGAAAUUAUGAAAUUAGUCAUGAAAGCAGUGAUCCUAAUAAUGACAUUAGUUUCGGCAAGGGCUUAUGUUGAAACAGUUUUUGAAGAAAACUCCCUCAAAAUGGUUUCUAUCAAUUUCCAAGAAGACGCGAUUUUUCCAGUCACCUCGACCUUGCUUUAUUCGAAAACAUCUGCGAUUCUGUUCGAUGCUCAGUUCAGCCUGAAAGAGGCCGAAAAACUGGUCAACAUUAUAAAAGAGACCCAAACAACCCCGACUUCAAUCAUCAUCACUUGCGGAGACCCAGACUAUUACUUCGGGCUCGAAGCUAUCGUAAAAGCUUACUCAUCUGUACGAGUAGAAAUACUAGCAUCUUCCAAGGUGGUAAACCACAUCAAUCAAACCAAAGACGCUAAACUGAAAACCUGGGCUCCGCAACUAGGGAAUACAGCACCGGAUAAAUUAUAUGUGCCUAAACCUAUCGACACACUUACAUUUUAUUUUGAUAAUACGAAACAGAUACAGAUGAUGGAAAUAGAUUCUUACGCAGCUUACGUAUGGAUACCUGAAAAUAAAAUUAUUCUCGGUGGCGUUGGUAUCUCUUGGAAUAUUCACGUCUGGGCUGCUGACACGCAGACUCUCGAAAUGCGUUUGAAUUGGCGUCAAGUGCUUCAAAAAAUGAUUGAACUUCAACCCAAGAGUGUCAUUCCUGGGCAUUUUAUCGGAGAACGACCGUUGGUUGGAGAUGAAGCCAUCAGGUUUACGCUCAGGUAUUUGGAAUCUUUGGAAGAAGUAUUGAAGCAAAAUAAUUACGAGAAUUCUGCUGCUGUGAUAAGUUCUAUGAAGGCUAAGUAUCCUAAUCUUGGCGAGGAAAGUAAUUUGGAGCUUAGUGCCAAAGUUCUUACCGGGGAAAUGACAUUUUCAAAAUGAGAAAAAUUAUUUUAAGGAGUUGGGACCAGUUGGAGUGAAGUGUGGGCGUGAGUAUUGCAAUGUAGGCUAAGUAAAAAUAGGUAUAAAUAGGCACAUAUUUAUGUUCAUAAUCGUAAUAGUAUAUUACUUAACAAGUAGGGCAAUUAGUGUACGAAUAGGUACCAACGAGGCGUGGAUGUUGCUGCCCGAGCCGCAGGCGAGUACCGUAGGUAACCCACACGAGUUGGUGUUAACGCACUUCUGGCUAAGUAAUAUAUUUUACUUGAUUACUCUAUAAAUAAAAAGUGUAUCAGUAUC